AUGUGCAGCGCCAACGAAAGCAAUGGAACCGACUCGCCGGCUCUUUCCGAAAACCCAAGCGAUUACGGCGGAAACUUGAAGAUACUGGACUGCAACGACCAGAUCAAGGAGCUGCAGACGAUCAUCCGCGACAGAAACACCACGAGGAGUGACUUUAAAUUCUACGCUGACCGGCUUAUCAGGUUGGUGAUCGAGGAAAGCCUGAAUCAGCUGCCGUACUCCGACUGCUCCGUCAUCACGCCGACCGGCGCCAUCUACGACGGGUUGCGGUAUCGCUCGGGAAACUGUGGUGUUUCCAUCAUCCGAUCCGGCGAGGCGAUGGAACAGGGUUUGCGAGACUGCUGCCGGUCGAUACGGAUCGGGAAGAUUCUGGUAGAAUCCGACGCCGAAACCCAUGUGGCGAAGGUCGUGUACGCACGGUUUCCGGACGAUAUCGCACGAAGGCAGGUACUGCUCAUGUAUCCCAUAAUGGCUACAGGCAAUACGGUUAUCCAGGCGGUGAGCGUACUGAAGGAUCACGGCGUCAAGGAGAACUCCAUAAUUUUGUCAAAUUUGUUCUGCACCCCGGUGGCUGCCCAUAUGGUCGUAACUGCCUUCCCGGAUCUGAAGAUACUUACUUCGGAACUAAAUCCCGUCGCGCCAAACCAUUUCGGUCAGAAGUAUUUCGGCACGGACUGAGCAGCACGUGCUCGAUCGUCUUGCAACGAGCUGAUAGACGGCAGCUGCCUACCCUGGGGUCUUCGGUGCCACUAGUGCACGAUGUUUACUUAUUUCUGCUUGCGGUAUUAGUGUACUAUACCUCUCCGGGUCCGUGAAUUACGUGACGUUCGGUCGGACAAUCACAGUCCAUCAAAUGUUGCUAACACGGACACGGCAGACUGCCACACGCGUCAACGAAAUUUCACGGUGCGUACUUAGUAUACAUCUAUCGCCGGAUGCGCCAGCAUAAUCAAUUCUACUUGAGUAACAAAUGUGAGUGAAGUAGUGCUUACCUCAAACAGUUGGUCACAGUAGGAUAGCAGAGAUAUCAGAGAUGUAUCCGGUUCCGGUAGGAGGGCAACGUAGCUACGCUAUGGUGUGACAGCGGCAAUAGAUGGUUUUCUAGGCGCUAGGAACGGUUCUUUACUGACCUAGAUACGGCACGGUUACUAUAUAAAUCGCUGUAAUAGUGCUAAGCUUUAAAAAUAAAAUAAGAUAUUAGGAGCAUAAGUCUAAUCAACGUUACGAGAUGAUCCCUUACUCCACGGCCACGGAUGACUACGCUAGCGACGUAGAUAAGGCUUACAAAAUUGUUCAUACGAUAUACAAAUAUUUUAAAACGAAUUUUGUUGCGUUCCCCCCAUUGUGCGAUUCAUUUCAGAUGUGUAAAGAACGAAGGAAUACAAUACAAUUAGCGUUAUUAUCAUA